UGUGGGGUGGUUUCCGGGGCGGUCGGAGGAGGAGGAGGAGGACUCCGAUGGGUCGAAGUCGUAGUCGCUCCCCGCGAAGGGAACGUAGGCGGUCCCGGUCCACAUCUCGGGAUCGAGAAAGAAGACGGCGAGAAAGGUCCAGGUCCAGAGAGAGAGACCGCAGAAGGAGCCGCUCAAGAUCUCCACACCGAAGACGCUCCAGGUCUCCAAGACGACAUAGAUCCACAUCUCCCUCACCUUCUCGACUGAAAGAAAGAAGAGAUGAGGAAAAGAAAGAAACUAAAGAAAUAAAGAACAAAGAACGUCAGAUUACUGAGGAAGAUCUGGAGGGUAAAACGGAGGAAGAAAUAGAAAUGAUGAAAUUAAUGGGAUUUGCCUCUUUUGACUCCACAAAAGGGAAGAAGGUAGAUGGCUCUGUAAAUGCCUAUGCUAUCAACGUGUCUCAGAAGAGGAAAUACAGGCAGUACAUGAAUCGAAAAGGCGGAUUCAACAGACCUCUGGAUUUUAUUGCAUGAGACUUGAGGUGUUGGAUGGAGCAUUUUCUCCCCCUCGUCUGGGUCAGAGAGUAUUUUAUAUUUUGUAUUUAAUACACAUCAACACAGGAUCUUGAUUCUUCCUUCUUAUAAAGUAAGAAAGUCUUAUUUAUGACACCCAGUUUACUUACUUUUCGAGGCAGUGUCCCUGGUGUGGCCACCAGCCCAUUUGUCUGUCCUUGUUCCUUUGAAACUGUGUGUGCUUUCUUCUUAGAUGCUUGCUAGGUGUUCUUAAAAACUGAAAGUAAAUUACAUAUGUUUCCCCAAUAAAACAAUGUUUCUACCCAUUUUAUAUCUAUUUGACAAAUAUCUUUAAUUACUAUAUUAAGGAGUCUCCCUAGAUACUUUCUUUUUCUACACAUAGACUUGUUUUGUUUUGAGACGAGGUCUUGUUAUGUAGCCCAGACUAGCUUUGAAAUUGGGGCACACCGCCUGCCUCUAGCUCCAUGUUGCUGGGAUUACCAAUAUGUCCCCAUGCCAGCUUAGAUAUCUUGAUUCUUGGUAGUUUAAAAACUGGAAGAAUGGAACAUAUAUAGCUUUGGAUUUUUGUAUAUUCUUUUCACUCCAAAAUAUAUGAUGUUCAGUAACAAAAGCCAUACGUGUUUGGUAUGAAACUGGUUUAGAGAACCAGACAGCAAAAGAAAAACCCAACUCCCCUGUAAUCUACAGCAGGAACAUUUUGUGUUUGUCUUUUCAGGCUCUUAUAGACGUAUGUUUCUUAUGCUGCCCAUUAAUAAUAAGUAAAAUGUUUAUACAGUCCUC